GAAAGUGUCACAUUCGUAUCACCGCAGUGUGUGUGUUUUUGAAAACUACUGCCAGUGCUCAAAAAAGGAACAUAGCCAUAGCCGGCGACGAGUUGUCAUUGCUAUCAACCCGGAAACGCCAGCCAAUUCUAAACACGCAGCUAGCUGGCAAGAACGGUUCGUUGCCCAUUGCAGAAAAAAGCCGAGCAGAACGGCGACGGAGCAGCAAAAGAGGCAAUACAACGCAAAGUCGCACCGACGUACCUGGCACAGCGUGUAGAAGAGAACACCUCCAUAGACAUAGUAAACACAAGAGGCUAAACACUAGACAUGUCUGCACCGGUCAUUGUCGAGGCCACGGCCAAGCAAACUGCCACGUUGAUUUUCAUGCACGGCCUGGGGGAUACUGGCCAUGGUUGGAGCAGCGCAUUGGCCGCCAUCAGACCCCCUUUCAUGAAGGUCAUCUGCCCGACUGCCCCAACACAGCCUGUGUCGCUAAAUGCUGGCUUCCGCAUGCCCUCUUGGUUCGACCUGAAGACGCUGGAUAUUUCCGGGCCUGAGGAUGAGCCCGGCAUACAGGCAGCGCGCGACAAUGUGCACGGCAUGAUCCAGAAGGAGAUCAGCGCUGGCAUUCCAGCCAAUCGCAUCGUCUUGGGCGGCUUUUCGCAGGGCGGAGCCCUAGCUCUCUAUUCGGCGCUGACGUUUGACCAGCCGCUAGCGGGCGUUGUGGCACUCUCGUGUUGGCUGCCGCUGCACAAGAAAUUCCCUGGAGCCAAGCUGAAUAGUGAGGAUGUGCCGAUUUUCCAGGCGCACGGUGACUACGACCCGGUGGUUCCCUACAAGUUUGGCCAACUAAGCGCCAGUCUACUCAAGUCGUUCAUGAAGAACGUGACCUUCAAGACCUACAGUGGACUCUCGCACUCGUCGUCCGAUGACGAGAUGGACGACGUGAAGAACUUCAUUACGCUCACUCUGCUCUUCUCCGUUGCAGGACAUAAUCAGUAAAUGGGUAAACUAAUUUCCAAUGCACUUAGACCGUACGACCCUCGAACCCGCCCGUUGCAUUCCACUUGCGUAGCAGCAACAAAAUCCAAAAAAAAAGAAGAUACAAAAAUACACCCAGCAGCUGAACAUAAUUAAAAACUUAGUGAAAACCAACCGCAGUAAGCGAGUCCAGUCCCCACAGAGAACGAACUAUGCAUUAGAGUUCACACGGUUGUAGCGUAGCCCGGUUAUGGAAAUUAGCACUAAAAUUAAUUCGAAAGCAAUCAAAUCAACCAAUCAAUACAUACUAAAAGUACACUACUCGCGUAACUAUAUACGUACUUAACGAGAAACGAAAUGCCAAAAUAUAUUGUGUCGAACAAGUAAUUAGCGAUGCAGUACCAGUACAAGUACCUUACUGCAUACGCCUCUGGAUGGUCUGCCAAGCAUUGAGGAAAUGAAAAAAAAUACAGUUAAAUUUCUUUGAUAUUCUUUGGCUGCAAAAUUCUUUCGGUUUAAUUAUUUUGGGACAUGUGCGUAUUUUAAUUGAAACUAAUAAAGCUAUAUAAUCCACCAAAAGGAAAGUUGAA